GCGUGGGGUCAAACUGGACGGCAUAGGUGACUUGGCAACCUGAGACAAAAUGGGGGCUGGGGAAGGAGAAGAGAGGUACUCUCUUCAACGCCACAAUUAGUAACGAUGACCUCUUGGGUGUUGAGGUGGUUUCCUAGGAAAGCCCGUUCCUUGGUUACAUCAUCAAAGAACCACCGGGUUGAGGAUUGUUGUCAGCACCAUGAGGCCUAUGGGCACUUCUUACCCAUCCAGAUGAGGUGGCAGGACAAUGACCAGUACGGCCACGUGAACAAUGCCGUGCACUACAGCUACUUCGACACUGCUGUCAACCACUACCUCGUCAGGUACUGUGGCCUGAAAACCAGCUUGCUGAUGUCCCCCAUGGUGGAGUUCAUAGUGACCAGUCAGUGCACCUACCACACACCCAUCAGCUUUCCUGAGAUCCCCGUGGCUGCUUUGGCUGUGGAGAAAAUGGACCACUCCAGCAUGCAUUACCGGCCUGCUCUGUUUCCACCUAAGCCCGCCAAGGAGCCGCCUUCAGUAGAUCACCAUGACCUCCGUGAUGGCUUUUUCUUUGGCCCUCCCAAGCUGGCACAGUUUGAUGCUUUGGCCUGUGCCACCGGGUCUUCAGUUCAUGUCUCUGUGAAUCCAGCCACUGACAAGCCAGUGGGCCUUCCAGAAGACUUCAGGGUGGCCCUCCUAAGGCUGAUGAGCCCAGCUUCCGUGUGAGUCACAUAUAUUGUACUUGGAG